GUAACUUUUCAGACUUGCGAAUGAACGGCUGGGAUCAAACGGUUACAAAGAAAUUAUAAAUUUUUAAAUAAAAAAAAAAUGAAUAAAAAAAUACGUGUAUGUGUUAUAGGAGCGGGUACAGCCGGUUUGUCGGCGGUGAAAAAUUCUUUAGAACAUCAUAUGGAAGUGGUUUGCUAUGAAAGGGAGGAACAAGUGGGAGGCACUUGGGUUUACAGAGACACUGAUGUUUCCAAACAACAUGAUGAGGAGGUGCAUAGUAGCAUGUAUGAGGGUUUAAGAACCAAUAUACCCAAAGAGGUUAUGGGUUAUUCCGAUUUUCCCUAUCCCGAAAAGUUUGAGUUAUCAUUUGUUACUUCCGCCAAUGUUUUGGAAUAUUUAAAUCUUUAUGCUGAUCAUUUUAAACUAAGACAUUAUAUUAAAUUGCAACAUGAAGUGAUACGCGUUAAACCACGUUCCAAUAAGGAGUGGGAGGUCCAUGUUUUAAAUCACAACACAAAUACUUUAAGUGUACAACAUUUUGAUAGAAUUUUUGUUUGUAAUGGUCAUUUUAAAAAACCUCAAUACCCCGACAUACCUGGCAUGGAUAUUUUUAAGGGUCUGCAGUUACACAGUCAUCUUUAUCGUUCAGCACAAAUGUUUAAAGAUAAAAAAGUUUUGAUUAUUGGUGCUGGACCCAGUGGCAUGGAUAUUACUCAACAUAUUGCUAAAACUGCAAAACAAAUAUUUCUUAGUCAUCAUUUACCGGAAGCGCCACCAACCGACUUCAUGGGUCCCGUCAGACAAAAACCCGAUGUUAAAUAUUUUACCCCAACUGGUGCAGUCUUUAAGGAUGACAGCGUCGAAGAUUUUGAUUGUGUAGUCUAUUGUACCGGUUAUCAAUACUCAUUCCCCUUCCUAAGCUGUGAUUGUGGCAUUUAUGUACAAAAUAAAUUUGUCCAACCCUUGUACAAACAUUGUAUCAAUAUCGAGUAUCCCACAAUGGCCAUUAUCGGUUUACCCUUUGCAGUUUUACCCACACUAUGUUUAGAUAUGCAGAUACGUUUUGUCACCAAAUUCUUUAGCAAUGAAGUGGAGCUUCCCUCGAAACAGGAAAUGUUGGAUGAAUUAACGCAUGAAAUAGAGGAACGCAAAGAGAGAGGCAUAAGGCAAUGUGAGGCUCAUAAAAUGGGUGCAAAAGAGUAUGAAUACUACAGAGAACUCUGCGCAAUGACCGGCAUUACCAACAUGAAACCUGUAGUGGCGAAUAUUAUGAAGGAUUGUGGCAGAAAAUAUAUUUAUGAAUUGGAAACAUAUCGUAACUAUAACUAUAAGAUAUUAGAUGAUGAACAUUUUGUUAAAUUCCCUGCCAAUUGAAAACUUUUUUUAUUAAUUGAACUUUUAAUUGAAAAGUAUAGAAUUUUGUAAAUAAUUCUAAUUAAUAACCGUAAAUACAAAAGAUUUUGUUUACUUUUUAUAGAAA